AUGGCGCUCAACGUCUCGGUCUACGCGACCGUCGUAACGGUCCUGCUGCUGCCCGUUCUCCUAGCAAUAAAACGGCUCUACUUCCAUCCUCUCUCCCGCUACAAUGGCCCACGGCUCUGGGCGCUGACGCGACUCCCUUAUAUGCUCGCCUUUCGGUCGGGUCGGCUGGCUCACGACAUCAAAAGGUUCCACAAUAUAUAUGGCGAUACUGUCCGCGUGGCUCCAGAUGAGGUGUCAUUCUUGGAUCCCGAUUGCAUCAAAGACAUCUACAGCCGUCGUCCCACCAACCCCAAUUACAAGGCGCUACCCAAGGAUCCGAUCCGCCAGAAGCCUCCACAGCCUGGGCAGCCCGGCGACAUUCUAGACGUGGAAGAUGAAGACCACUCGCGUAUUCGGAAAGCAUAUGCUCCCGCAUUUAGUACACAGGCCUUGAACGCCCAAAAGCCACUGGUAACUUCAUACGUCUCGAAAAUGAUCGCUCAAUUAAAGUCGCGGGCAAAUAGCUCCGACCCAUCGAGGAGAAUAGUUGACCUUCAGCGAUGGAUCACUUACUGCACAUUCGACAUCAUCUGCUCACUGAGCUUCGGGGAGGAUUUUGGCUGCCUUGAUAAUGAUAGUUACCACGAAUGGGUCGGGAUGGUGGUUAAUUCCGUGAAAGGCAAAGUGCAAAUUGCGGCUUUUCGCUUCUAUCCAUGGCUCUUUAACUACCUAGUCAAGAGCUUACCAAAAUCUGCCCAAUUGAUGGUGGAACGGCAUCAGGCCAUGACCAACGAGAAGGUCCAAAAGCGCUUACAUACAGCAGUAGACCGACCGGAUUUCUUCUCAUACCUUCUCAAGUCGAAGAACGAGCUUACAGAACCCGAGAUGGAAAUUAACGCGGGCACCUUUAUCUUCGCAGGAAGCCAUACCCUCCAGUCCUCACUCACGGGGAUCCUGUUCCAUUUACUGAAGAACCCCGAAGCCCUGGCCCGAGUGACAGAAGAGGUUCGAAGUAGUUUCCCCGACGAGAGAGAUUUGGACGCGAACAAGCUAUCGAAACUACCAAUCUUGGAUGCAGCCAUCAAGGAGGGUAUCCGACUAACCGCCCCUGUGCCACUGGGAAUUACAAGACUUAUUCCCAGUGGGGGACAUACCGUGUGUGGAGAAUUCUUCCCGGGGGGUACCAAAGUAUCAUACAACUCAUGGGCUGCAGGCCUAUCCCCCCGAAACUUUUCCGAUCCCACCAAUUUCCAUUUGGAACGGUGGUUGAACCCCGACGAGGGUCGCUUCGCUAACGAUCGGCGCUCCGCGAUACAACCUUUCUUGCAGGGUCCGCGGGACUGUAUUGGACAGAAUCUGGCACGGUUGGAGAUGUCGCUUGUGAUUGGAUAUCUGAUUUAUCACUUCGAUUUCGUAUUGCCGAAUGGACGAGAGGCUUUGGGUGAGUGGGAGGAUCAGGAGACUUAUGCUGUUUGGAUGAAGUCGCCUCUUAUGGUGGAGUUGGUUGCGCGUUGA